AGCGGCGAGGAGGAGCGGCGGCGGCGGCAUGGCGGGGCUGCGCUACCCGUCGCAAGGCAGCGGCUACUGCCGCACCGCCACGGCCGUGAACCUCCUGCUCGGCGUCUUUCAGGUCCUUCUGCCCUGCUUUCGCCCGGGGGAGGCGCAGGGCCAAGCGGCCAUCGAUCCUAUCCCCAACGUGGUGGAGUUGUGGCAAGCCGAGGAAGGAGAGCUUCUGAUGCCUGCUCAGGCUGAAACAGAAGAGGAUGUGGAGGAACAUGCACAAGAGCAAAGCUUGUCCACAAAAAUGCCUAAUGGGAGUCUCAUCCAUUUUCAUCCCUCAAUUCUCCAUUUUGGAAUGCAGUUACUGGGACUGCCUAAAGCUAAAAUGCUAUAUGCAUACAAUCCUAGUAGGGAUAGAGAUGUUAUAGUGAAUUCAGUGUUUACAGCUACUAGACAUUUUCAUGUGUCUCCUGUUCAUAGCAGGGUGAUUCCAGCAAUGGGGAAAAUUUAUUUCAGAGUACUGUUUCUUCCAAUAGAAGAAGGCAGUUUUGAAAGUUCAUUAUUUAUAAAUACCUCAUCUCAUGGAGUAUUUUCAUAUCAGGUCUUUGGAACAGGAACUUCAAGGACAAUUUCAGAAGAGUCUAGAAAGCAGUUAGCAAAUACUUAUUUACUACUUCCACAUAUCAACAGUAUCCAGAUCUCACAAGCACUGGCAGAACCUAGAAAUGUCAGUCACUUAAAAGUUCGUCUUCAGUGCAGUUUACAUAACAAAUUGUAUCAACAUUUUAAGAACUGCUGCUUUGCAUCUGAUGAUCAGCUGCUGCUAGAAAUCAGUUUAAUGGUCAGAAUGGAAAAUAUGCAGCAUGAAUUUGUGGACCUUAGACAAUACUUACUGGAAAAUCUUUUUGUAGUUUAUGUAGCAAUGGACAAAACACACACUUCAGAUGAUUCCCCAGUAAUCUUGUAUGUGUUGCAUUCAGGGAACAAUCUUUUGUAUGUGCAGGAUAUAAAACACUUGUCACAGGAAGGAACAUUUUCUGUGCUGCUUGAGCCAAUAUUGCUGCCAUCAUCAGCCACAAAUUUUACUGAAGUUGCUUCUAUUGUUUGUAAAGGUACAUCAUGUGGCCGUGGAAGCAAUCACAUUGUUAAUGAGACAAUGAAUCUUUUGGACAGUACCACCUUGCCAAGAGCAUGUCUUUCUCAUCCAGUGAUAGAAGGGUACUUUGGCAUCGAUCCCUUGGCAACAGUAUUCCAUGUAGAACCACAUCACAGUAUUUCAGCAUCUUGGUCUCUAUGGUUUACAAACAAUUUUGAUUUUAGCAUUGUGCUAAAUGAUGUCUAUGUUUCAAGAGAAAUGAAGGACAUUCUAAAGGUUAUGAACUUCUCAGAUCCAUUGACUCUGCCUCCAGGCUGUUGGAAUGUCUUUUCCUUGAAGCUCCAUAUGCAGGAAUCAGUAACCAAUUUAUUUGCCAAUGUUUUUGUGGCCACAAAUGUUGGGAUGAUAUUUGAGAUACCACUACAGAUUUAUUCAGUUUUAUCCCAGCAGGGAGAUGUACAUUUCGAAGCCAUAGCUCAUCAUGAUGUGUGUUGCUCCUUAAGAAUGUCAGACAAAGUAAACCUUCUUUGGGAAAGGAGCCUAUCUCUGGACAGUUCUACAUGGAGUGUGGAUUCAGAUCUUGCAUAUGAACUGCAUGAAAAGUGGCAAAAAAUUAAACACAAUGAAAUUUGCAGGAGAAAUCUUGGGGAAAUUAUUCAAGUUGCUCAUCCAAAGAAUCCCGAGGAGGAGUCAUUUGCAUUAUCUUUCCCACACUUGGUUACAGAACUUGGUCUUACAUUGAACUUCAGUGCAGCUGCACCAACAAAUAGCAUGGUGAAAUAUUUUACACUAAGAAACCCGACAUCCUUUCUGGUUAUGUUGCAACUUCUGCCUCUGUCUUUUUAUCCUGAUCCUCGAGCUCCACUGAGUCUAUUCAGCAAAUGGUUUGGCAUGAAUGUACAGUCGAUUAAUCUUACAACCACUGAAUUCAGACUGACAGAAGAAUAUGCUUCUGGAAAUGAACUACACGAGGAUCAUGAUUACAUAGGAUCUAGUUCUGAGGUGCUUCAUUUAAAAUUGCAGCCUUUAGAAGCUAAGCGAGUUGGUGUUGUCUUUACACCUCUUGAUUACAAAAGGGUAGCUUCCCUUAUACUCAUCAGGAAUAACCUGACUGUUCUGGAUGCGGUUUAUGUUGAAGGCAUCGGAGCCAGAGAACUCUUAAAAGUAGGGGGACGGUUGCCAGGGGCAGGAGGAUCCCUUCGAUUUAAGGUGCCAGAGUCAACCCUCAUGGACUGCAGGCGACAACUGAAAGAUGGCAGGCAAAUUUUAUCCAUCACAAAGAACUUUAAAGUGGAAAAUGUUGGCCAUCUUCCUAUCACUGUAACGUCCAUGAAGAUUAAUGGAUAUAAUUGCCAGGGAUAUGGGUUUGAAGUACUCAAUUGCCAAGACUUCUUCCUGGCACAGAACUCUUCUCGGGAGAUUAGCAUUGUGUUUACUCCAGAUUUUACUUCUUCUUGGAUUAUUCGAGAACUAACUCUGGUGACUGCUGCUGGUGUUGAGUUCCAUUUCACCCUCAAUGUGACCCUUCCUCACCAUCUUUUACCCCUGUGUGCAGAAGUGGUGCCAGGACCCAGCUGGGAAGAGUCUUUCUGGAGGCUUACUGUGCUCUUUGUCAGUUUGUCUCUGUUUGGUGUAAUUCUCAUAGCUUUCCAACAAGCACAAUACAUUCUUACCGAAUUCAUGAAGUCAAGGCAGAGGCCGAAUACCAGUUCUUCUCCAUUGCAAAAUAAUAACUCAGUGGACAUCAUCAGCUCAGAAACUUACAAGAGCAGCUGCAAAACCUUUACAGAAACUUACAGUUCUUCCGAUAAAGGAAAAGGAAAAGGGUCUCUCUCUGUAAGCACGGCAAGCAGCCGUAGCCAGAACGCUGCCAAAAGGAGCCCAGCAACAUACAGUCACUCACAGAAGAAACACAAGUGUUCUGUGUACUAUGGUAAACCAAAAUCAAAUACAGCAACUGGUGGUAGUGUUCUAGCAGCUGAGGACAAGCAGAACCAGAUCGCUGAAAAUCAGACUUCAACACCAAAGGAGGACAUUUGCACUGUUAGUGAAAGCUGGCUGAGCCUGAAAUAUGCAAACAGCAUAAGUGUAAAUGUGCAAAAAAACUUAACACAUCCAGGGAACUUUGUAGAUAAAGAAGAAAGUGCAUUGAAAAAUGCAACACUUGUGAAAAAUACUUCUUCAGAGGGCAGUUUGAAGGAGGGUCUUCGAACAAAUAUGUUUCCUAAGGAAACGAACCUUAAGACUUCAGAAAAUAUAACUGAGCUCAAAGAGCCUGAGCUGUGUCCUUUGAAGUCAUCAAAGAAACCGUCGGAAAGUCGCUUCCCAAGACAUUCACCUCAGCAACCAUCAGAAUUUCAAGACAUUUCCAGGAAAAAUAAUGGGAAUAACCAGCAAGUGCCUCUCAGGAAUGAAACAGAAAACUGUGAGACUUUGAAAAAGCAGGUAAACACAAAGCCUUCUGCAGAGAAGAUGAUAAACAAAGGGCCUAAAGAUGACUCGCUGUGUGGUGGAAAACAGGAACUUUCUUCUGUGGAGCUGGAAGGCACUCACCGAAAAAAUGGAUCUCAGGAGAAAAGAGAAGGACAUUUGCCAAAUACAAGUUGGAAUCGACAUAGGACAAACAGAAAAAAUAAGAAGAAGCAUAUGAAUAUAUCUGCACGGGUUCCUGAACAGACUGAGUUGAAACAUGUUUGCAAUGAGUUUGAAAGACCUGAACUUAGAACAAACAUUAAUAUAAGAAACUGGUAUGCUCAGAGCAAUGGGGAAACUUGUAAAGGAGAUGAAAAAGCGAGUUUGUCUACACAGAGAGAAGCAGAAGGUUUCUAUCAGUGGCCCAAGAAGAAGUGCCUGGAAAGGUUUUGCUCAGAUUCAAGCUCAGAUUGUGGAAGUUCUUCAGGAAGUGUCCGUGCCAGUCGAGGCAGCUGGGGCAGCUGGAGCAGUACAAGCAGUUCUGAUGGAGAUAAAAAGCCUAUAAUUCCCAGCAGACCCUUCCUUCCUUCCAGGGAAAAUAUUUCAUGCAGUGAUUUUACAGCCGAAACACCCAUUACUUUAAACCUUUCUCACAACAUCUGCAACACCAGCAGAGAUGUAAAUAAUGUCACCCAGUAUCCAGAGACUAUGUGUCCCAACUUCUCAGACAUAACUGUAGAUCCAGACAAAAAUAAAGGGCUGUAUCCAGCAGGAGAUCUGUGGGCACCUCAGUCCAUCUGCCUGGCAAACAGUGUAAACUACAGCCUUGAGAACAACAUCUCUUGUGUGAUCCAGGAAAACCCUUCAUUACAAAAUGGCUUCAUUGAUUGGAAUGCAUCCUGUGACGGCCAGUUUACCGACAUGUACUGUCCGGUAGAAGUGAACGAGUACAACACUUUUACAGAAGAAAACAUGAACUAUCAUCAUGGCUUCCCCUGCACUGCCGAGGUUCAGAACACAGCCUUCAUUGAUCACAACUGUCAGUCUACUUGGAAUGCUCCGCCUAAUCUUCCUUCAACUUGGGAACCUACCAGUUAUGUCAACCCAACAUCCUACCUCUCAAGCACCAGGAGUCUGUCACCCAUGUCCGGGCUGUUUGGUUCCAUCUGGGCCCCUCAGAGUGAUGUCUAUGAAAGCUGUUGCCCAGUCAGUGCCGCCACUCAGCAUUCAACCCAGGUGGAAAACCAGGCAGUUCUUUGUAAGCAGGAAUAUUACCCGAGAUUUAACCCAUUCCGUGCCUAUAUGAAUUUAGACAUAUGGACUUCAGCAGCUAACCGGAAUGCAAAUUUCCCUAUUUCUAGGGACUCGGGUUAUUGUGGAAAUGUGUGAAAAGGAAUUUUGCUUUUAAAAUGUGAAAUAAAAAUGCUUUCAGUUUUGAUUAUUAGAAUAAGCUGGUUGUUGAACUAGAAUUCAAUGUUGGUGGAUAUUUUGGCACUUUUGUAUGGAAAAUAAACUUUUUUUUUUACUGA